AUGGAGACGACAACAGAGACUCUACAAAGUGCCCCCGAGACUCGUGGCGAUGAGUUUGAGAGCAAGUUACGGGACCUUCUGUCCCGCACCAGGAAGGUCGACUUGACUGCUCUGAACCUCAGCCCCGAGAAGUCUUCCAACGGCAUCCCUGCUGUUUUGCUAUGCUACGCCCAGGCUUUGAAAGAGGCUCAUCACGCGCCCGAAGCCGAAGCGCUCGACCAGGUGCGCGAGAAGGCGCUCGACAGGAAAGCUUUCGGUGGACUCGGCCUGCACGACGACGACACCGCCACUCCUGCCGAGCAGUCAGAGACACUCUUCCUGGUUGAGGCGUGGCUCGAGGCUGUCAACUCGCGAGAAAGAGCCCAGAACUUUCUGUCAUAUCGGUCCUCGCCCGCGGAAGGGACGAGACCGAUGACUCUGGCGCAGAAGAUCUUCGCCCAGCAUGUGAUUGGGGACAAACCGGGCAAGGGGUUGGCGGCCGGCGACGUCGUCAGGGUUGGCAUUGACUGGAUCCUGGCGUCAGAGCUGUCCUGGCAGGGAAUGGCCCGGACCUGGAGGCGGCUGGGCUCUCCCGGCAUCUGGCGCAACGACCGGUUCUGGCUGGCCGGCGACCACGUCGUCCACCCGGCCGUGGCGCAGCUGCCCAAGAUCAAAGCCAUGGUCGAGGUCGCGGAGAAGGCCAAGAACGAGUUCAAGAUGACCGAGUACCAAGGCAUGAACUACACCAUCAUGCACACCGAGUUCGUCCGAGAACGGGUCGAGCCUGGGAUGCUCGCCAUCGGGUCUGACUCCCACACCUGCUCCGGCGGCGCCGUGGGCUGCCUGUCCAUUGGACUCGGCACGGCGGAUGUGAUGAUGACUCUGACGCUGGGGGAGACGUGGUUCAAGAUCCCCGAGUCCAUCCUCAUCGAGUUUGUCGGCCAGCCCGCCUUUGGCAUGUCUGGCAAGGACGUCAUCCUCCACAUCCUGGGCGAGCUCAAGCGCAACACGGUCGCCGCGGAGCGAAUCGUCGAGUUCGCUGGCGAAGGCCUGCAGCACCUCUCCGUCGACGCCCGGUUCGCCAUCUCCAACAUGUGCACCGAGUUUGGUGCCAUCACGGGCAUUUUCGUGCCGGACCGCAUCACCAGCGACUACAUCGCACGGCGGCGGAGGAAAGCGAACCAGGUCAACUCGCUCUACUUCCGACCAGACCCCGACGCAGAGUACGCGGGCAGGUAUACCAUCGACCUGUCCCAGGUCGAGUCCUCGGUCGCCGUCUACCCGAAUCCGGACGACGUGGUGCCCGUCUCGCAGAUGGCCGGGAAGCCGCUCGACGGAGUCUUCAUCGGCGCCUGCACGACCACCGAGGAAGAGCUGGUCCUCGCCGCGCUCGUGCUCAAGGUCGGCCUCGACAGGAAACUGCCGCUGGCCAAGGGGAAACGGCACUAUGUGCCCGGGUCGCUGCCCAUCGUCGAGAAGUUGAAGGAUCUCAGACUUCUCGAGAUAUACGAGGCCGCCGGCUUCACUCGCGGGCCGCCUGGCUGUUCGUAUUGCGUGGGUCUCUCGGCCGAGCACGCCGAUGAGGGCGAGACGUGGUUGAGCUCGCAGAACCGCAAUUUCCAGAACCGCAUGGGCAAGGGCGCCUUCGGCCACGUCACGUCCGCAAUGGUCUGCGCGGCCUCGAGCUUCAGCAUGUCCAUCACCAGCCCGGCGGACUUUCUCUCGGAGCUGGACAUGGAUUUCUUCAAACGGUACCGUCCUCUCCCUGAGGUGGACAUGGUCCCCAUUGAAUACGUCGAGCCCGAUCUCAGCAGCUCGAGUGCUGGGCCGACGAACAGCAGCAGCGCUACCACCACCACGUUGCCUCUUCUCCCGGAUGCGGAAGACCAGCCGCCGAGAAAGCUGGACAAGAUCACAAGUAAGGUCGUCACGCUGGGCGACUUCAUCGACACGGACGCGCUGGCUCCAGGACACACGUUGACGUCGUGCGUGACCGACGAGGAGUUCGGGGAGCACGUCCUCGAGCACACGCACCCUGACUUCCGGGCCAAAGUGCGCGGGGGCCAGCAGGUCGUGGUGGCCGGGCAUGCGUUUGGCGUCGGGUCGAGUCGCGAGAUGGCCGUGGGUGCUUUGAAAGGCGCGGGCGUCCAGGCGGUGAUAGCCCGCUCGUUCGCCUUCAUCUACGGCCGCAACCAGCCCAGCCUGGGCCUGCUGGGGGUCACCAUGACGGACGAAGCGUUCUACGACGCCGCGCGGGAGGGCGAGGAGAUCACGCUGGACAUCCCCGCCCGGACCAUCACGGUCGCGGGCCAGGCGUUCCCCUUCCAGCUGUCCGAGAUGGAGUACAACCUGACUGUCAACAACGGCGUGGCCGAGAGUUACCGCAAGUUCGGGAAGGGCAUCUGGGAGCGGUUCACAGGCGCCGGGAAGGAAGAGAUCGAGACGUCCAUGGUCAGGGCGGCAGUGCAGGGUGGUGGGGAGGAAGGCAAGACGGGGGAUAAGAAGUUGGAAUGGUAG